AUGCUCCACGAGAUCCUCCUCUCCCUCUCGGGCCACCCGUCCCCCCUCCUCCGAUCAUGCAGUUUCGAAACAGACGCCAUCACUCUUCCCGAGCGCCAGCUGCUAGCCUCGGCCGCUCACCUUAGCAAUGUCCAUGUCGACCUCGUUGCCCACGCCUCCCGCCUGGCGUCUUCUCACCCGUCCGCAAUAUGCCGCGCCGUUGCCAACGCCAUCCAGUCUCGCCAUCUCUCGGCCUUUCAGCGCAAAGUGCUCGACGUCGAGGAGAGCAUCCUGACGCUCGACCCGGAGCUCGUCGGCGCCUACAACAUCGUGCCGCUGACGGCCGUCAUGAGCGACUUCCAGCAGUGGAGGAGGAUAAUGGAAUGGCUGCUGGAAACGGCGCGCUUCAUGGCCGCAAAGAGCAACACGUGCCAAGGCGCCGACUUGAUCAACCGCUUGAGGGUCGACGUCCAGAGCGGAUAUCGCGACGUGGCCGAGACUGCCCUGAGCUUGGUGGCUGUGGCUGAGACGGCCUGGCUGAAGCACGUCUCUGCCUGGGUCCUCUAUGGCCGACUCCCAACUCUCGGCUCUGCUGAUUUCUUUGUGCAAAAGUCGCAACCACCAGACGACGACUUCGUUUGUGCACCUCAACAUUUGCCGUCAUUUGUCACUCCGGCCACGGCUGCGUCCAUGCUCUACAUCGGCAAGUCGCUCAACCGCAUCCGUGCCGUGGGCGAUGCCUCUUCUAGCAUCGGAGGCCUGGACCACGUUUCAUCGAAGCUGCAAGAGCUGGCAAGCUUACCAUUCCCCCUCAACAGCGCCAGUUUCUCCAGGACCAUUGCCUCCAUCCGCCUUUCGCUCUCCGAGAAUACGCUAUCCAAGCUACUGCCGCUGGCAAAGGUGCUCGAGAUGCUGCAGCUUCUUCGUGACUUCCUAUUGCUUGGCCGCGGUGAAUUCGCCCUGGCCUUGACACAGGAAGCCGACGACAAGAUAAGAAACAGGUGGCGCAGAGCAGGCAACCUCUCCCACGAACGGGACAGCGGUCUUAAGAAUCUGACCAUCAAGGACGGGGAGGUCGCCGCGGUCCUCAACAGGACUUGGGCGGUCCUGGCAUCCAUGCAAGGACGGCAUGCCGACGAGGACGAUCAGCUGGAACUGGCCCGCGAUUUGCUGCGACUGCAACUCACCAAGUCGGAAACUCCCCCGUCCCUCAGCGCAGAGCAGAAGCUGGUGAGCGCUGAUGUUGCCACGCGCCUGGAAGCGUUGCCCUUCCAGAACCUGCUAUUCUCGGUGCCCGCCGUGCUCCACGUCGAGCUUCCGUCUCCUUUGGACAUGGUCAUUUCCCCGGCCGACUUGCAAAUCUACUCGUGCAUAAACUCGUACUUGCUUUCUUUGCGCCGUGCCCACAUCCGACUGACGGAUCUGUGGAAGAUGACGUCUCUGAGGCGCCACCAUGCGGCCCCCAUGGGGGCAGGCGAGCACGCCGUCACACUACGGAGGCGCUGGUCGGCCAGGUCGGCCGCCUUGCGGAGCUCGUGGACGACGGCAAGUGCCGUUAUUUUCUUCCUUGGUGAGACGGAGGGGUACCUGCAGACGGAGGUUGUGGCCGGCAUGUGGGAAACGUUUAGCUCAUGGUUGACGGGCCACGAUGCGCGACAAGACAGGCGAGGCGGCGGACCAUCUGGCGCACCGGCACCCGCCUCGGUCCAAGACGGGCAGGCCCAUGAAGAGCAGGACUUGUUCCUCCCCGACGAGACCUCGGACCACGGGCGCAAGGCAGACGCACCCCGCAAUCACCCAACACACGAUCCUCAGACCCUCUCCACAGCCCACACCCUGUUCCUAGGCACGCUUGCGCGCCGACUUCUCCUCACCCAGUCAAGCUUCACCGAACCGCUAUACGCACUUUUGACACACAUUGACUACCUCGUUCUGCAUAUGCGGCGGCUGCAUUCCAUCUUCAUCUCGAUGGACCUCGAAGCGGAUGCCGGCGUGGUCGAUGCGUUUGUCGACUUGGAACAAGAAGAGGAAGGGGUCCUGGCACUGCUCCACGCAGUAGAAGGCAAGGCCAGGAAGGGAAUAGAGGCAGUCGUGGACACCCUGCGGGCGCUCGAGAGCGAUCCGAAAUUCUUGGCUGAGUGGGAAGCCGAAGGGGCCAUGGCUGAAGAUGAGUCGAGUGGAAACCGCCGAUAUGCUCCUGGCAAGAUUGGGGGCAUCGACCGGCUGCUGAUGAAACUUGACUUUGGGGGCUGGCUCGGGAGCAGGCAUGAUGAAUGGUAUCAGAACGGCUAG